AAGCUACUCUGGAUCUUGUACCAUGAUGUUAGCUCAGCUCAGCUAGCUCAGCGCGGGCCCGGGGCCGUCUGGGUCCCUAGGUACAGCAGUACAGAGAGUACAGUGGGAGUCUGGGGAGACGUCAAAUCAAACAAGACUGAAGUGCUGUCUUGUAUUUGCCAAUGGCCUGCGAGAGUUCUUCAUCUUGCUUAUUUGUAGCUUUUGUCUCACCGGAUCCAGCGAGUGCGUUAGUUACGAUUGCCGGUGUUUGUAGUAGAUCUAGAUGUAGAAUUAUUUGAGCGAGAUUGCUGAUGCGACAUGUAGCUUGCAGACUCAUUAUUUUGAUCAGAAGCUCUCUCUUACCUUGACUGUCGGUUCUUAAAGACCCCAAGAGUUGUUCGAGGUAUUGCUUCCUCGGGCACGGACGGACUACUGGCCAAGUUCUCCAGGGUCAUCGGCGGCAGUGGUGUUGCAAGGGGGAAACCCAAGUUUGAUUUGACUAUCUUCCAUCGAUAAUUAUGGACUUGAGAACCUAGCCGACGAUUUCAUCUUAGUGUGCUGUAUAUUGGGAUUUCUUCUGGCACGAGAAUGGCUGACUACUCGUUUCACUUUGUUCUUGGAUUCUGCUUGGCUUGCUACUUCUUGGCACAAUGGUUAGUAUCCAAGGAUAAGCUGAAUGUCACCAAUCCCACAUUCAAGCGCUUCCAACGUGACUACCUGUUUGUGUACUCGCUGGUGAUCAUGUCUGACUGGCUGCAGGGUCCUUAUCUGUAUGAACUUUAUAGCUUCUAUCAGUAUGAUGAAAAUCGCAUUGCUGCUCUCUAUGUCGCUGGCUUCGGCUCGAGUGCAGUGUUUGGAACAUUCACCGGAAGCUUUGCUGACAGAUUUGGACGCAAACGGCUUGCGUUGGUGUUUUGCGUGAUGUAUUCGCUGAGUUGCUUCACGAAGCGGUUUUCAUCGUACGGACUGCUGAUGACUGGACGAGUACUUGGUGGUAUUUCUACGUCGUUACUGUUUUCUGUAUUUGAGUCCUGGUACAUCCAUGAACAUGUGCAUACAUUUGACUAUCCUGGAGAGUGGAUGGCAGACACCUUCUCAAAGAGCACGUUACUCAAUGGAGUUGUUGCCGUGUCAGCGGGUCUACUUUCUCACGUUGUAGCGGAAACGUUUCACUUUGGCCCAGUGUCACCAUUCUUUGUUGCUAUAGUGUUUCUUGUCAUAGCUGGUGUGGUGAUUUCUGCCAUGUGGACAGAGAAUUAUGGUGCUGACAAUGACAAGGCUGUCGAGCCGUCCACCAAUUGCCUGGAGAGUCUUGUGCAUAUUGUCCAACAUCCGCACAUAUUGCUAAUAGGGGUUAUGCAGUCACUGUUUGAGAGCUGUAUGUACAUAUUUGUCUUUCUGUGGACCCCUGUCCUCAAGCCCAUCCAUCCACCAUUGGGCAUAAUUUUUGCAUCGUUCAUGGUUGCAGUCAUGAUUGGAAGUUCUAUCUUUGACCAUCUCUUCAAUGCUGGACAGAGUGCAGCAAGGAUUUUACAGACCUCUUUUAUCCUCAUGUUCUCAUCACUGGCAAUCUCGUCUGUCUUCAUUCAUCGACCUUUUAUCUGCUUCUUCGCCUUCUUGUUGCUGGAAAUCGGCUGCGGCUUAUAUUUCCCAGCCAUUGGUUAUCUACGAGGCCAGCAUGUUCCAGAAGAGUAUCGCUCAGCUAUUAUGAACUGGUUCCGUGUUCCAUUAAAUCUGGCAGUGGCUGCUGUACUCCUGCUAAUGUUUGGAAGUCAGAGUUCUUCAAGGACAAUAUUUGUUCUUUGUGCUGGAAUGUCUGGCAUUGGUAUUCUAUGCUCAACACUGUUUUCUCGUCGCUAUCCGAAUGACAAGAAGUCAUCGCCAGGUACUGAAAUUUUUGAGAGUGUUUAGUUGAAUAAGAUGUAUCCUAGAUGUUUUCAUUGUGUUCACCGCAGCUUUUUUACUUACCGGUGCAUUACAUUUUUCUCAUUCUCACAUCAUCGACUAUUAGUAAGUACCUAUCUUCAGAAGUAUUCCCUAACUACUCACUUGACAUUUCUAUUUUCAUUCUUGUUUUUACUUUGAAAGUUUGAUUGUAACUUACUUUCUGCUUUGUAGUUGCUGGUAUCAGUUCUUUUAAAAUUAAUUUGCUAUUCCAAGUAGGACUUACCUAAUUUUGCCCAUUACCCCUCUUUGAACCAGUCCCCAUCUGUCCCCCUCGGAUUUCCACCAUUACGCAGUCAUGAACUUUUGUGCAUAAUCGUCUGUCACUCGCAUUUUUGCGUAAGCUCUGCGUUCACUAUGCACAUAUUCCUUGAAAUUGUUGAUCAGAGUGCACAGCAGCAUGCAGUGUCAUGCUAUUGGUGGCGCUCCACGUUUCAA